AUGUCUUCUUCAACCAUCCAUCCUGCUGUCACGGUUAAUAAUAUCAAGAACUUCAUCCCGCUGAUUCUUGAUAGUCAAACCGAACACUACAACACAUGGGCUGAAUUAUUCGUCCUCCACUGUAAAGCCUAUGAUGUCUUCGAUCACUUGCAAGCUCGCGACACCGGUACCUCCUCUUCCACCGAAAAAGAAAAAGAAAAAGAAACCAUCCCCAAACAUACUUAUCUUGAGUCAUGGGAACGUAUAGAUUCCAUUGUUCUACAAUGGAUCUACGGUACCAUAUCUCAGGAUCUCAUGCACACAAUAAUGAUCACCAACACCACCGCAUACGACGCUUGGUGUCGACUUAAAAAUAGUUUUCUUGACAACCAAGCGGCUCGUACCAUCACCAUCCAAAACAAAUUUUUCAACACGCGCCUUGAACAAUUUUCUACUAUGGCUGAAUACUGUUAA